AUGUCGAGCCACAACGAAAGCAAAUUACCCGAGACGGCGUCCUCAAAACCCGAUCUUGGAAAAGGCAUCCGUUUCGAUGAAAAGUCCACAGAAAAACAGGCGCAGCCGCCCGUUGGUUGGCCACACGCACCGAGGCCGCUUCUGCUCGAACCCAAGGUAAAGCUGCAGGGUCCGCCGAAAAACCCAAAUUUCCCCAGCAUACCGGGAUCCUCAAGAGCAGCUCAAGCGACCAAAUACGUCACGACUUGGGUCGAGUCGAAAGUUAUCCUAGACCCAAGGGACCCAGGGUACUUCAACCCCAACACGCCAUACUACAACGACCCUAGAUUCCCACCGCGCCGCUGGAACCCCAACUGCGCACAGCCACCACGGCUAGGCUUCGGGACGUUAAAUCAAGACAUAGACCGCCUGGUCAACGAUGCUAAAAGAUUCUUCAGCCUGAACCAGGGCGUCCUGUUGGCCGAAACAACAAUGGACGAGUCGACCAACUUUUAG